GGUCUCCGCUUCCUUUUUCGCAGAGUCACUUAUUAGUUGUCAACAGUGUUUAUCGUCUUAAAGGUUUAACACACGCGACACGCUUGACUUCCUCGUCCUCCGCCUUUUGUCUGGCGUUUCAACGUAGCCGCUUUUCUACUUCCCGGCGGCUGCUGUCUGUCAGGCCUCCAUGCUACCGACACAGCAUCAGUCCUGAAGCCCCUGCAGGGUGCGACAAGCUCGGCUCCUGAAGGUGCAGUGACCCGCUGUGCUCCGGAUGACAAGAAGCCACAUUAGUGGAACCGUCGGUGGCCUCUUGCUGUUGCAUGUCACUGCAUACGUGGUUUGUUUGUCACGAUGAACGGCACACAGCAGAUUGACACCAAGAGACAGAAUCUCCUGGAGCGCCUGCUAGAUGCUGUCAAACAGUGCCAAAUACGUUUCGGAGGACGAAAAGAGAUCGCUACGGACUCAGACAGCAGGGUCAUCUGCCUCUGUGCCCAGUUUGAAGCGGUGCUCCAGCACGGCCUGAGGAAAAGUCGAGGCCUUGCCCUCACUGCUGCGGCCAUCAAGCAAGCGGCAGGUUUCAGCAGCAAGACUGAAGCAGAGCUGACCUUCUGGUUCUAUGUGAAAGAGCAUCUGAACCGACACGAGCUCCAGCGCUUCUACUCACUGCGGCAGAUCUCAUCUGAACUGGGUCGAGGUCGCGCCUGGCUCCGCUGCGCUCUCAAUGAACACUCGCUGGAACGCUACUUACACACACUCCUGUCUGAUCAAGCACGGCUCAGCACAUACUAUGAAGACUGGGCUUUUAUUCUUGAUGAGGAGCGAGCCAGUAUGUUGCCCACCAUGGCUGCAGGGUUGAACUCCAUCCUGUUUGCCAUCAACAUUGACAACAGCGACCUGAAUGGCGGCAUGACUCGAGCUUCAGGCUCCUCCAUGUCUCACCUCCUGAAAGAGUCUACACAAGGCAUUGGCACGCUGUGGAAAGAGUCCACCCAAGGGGUCAGCAGUCUCCUCCGCGAGAUCAGCACCGCCACUGCUGUGGUUCCGGGCUUCACCCCGAGAGUAGAUGGCGCCUCUGACCCACUUCCUGUCCUGCCGCGCAGCUCCUCUGCUGACUCGGGCCUGAGGAAAGAGCGACGGAAGAAAAAGAAGAUCACCAACAUCAUUUCCUUUGAUGAUGAUUUGGAUGGUGGGGCAGAGGAUGAGGAGGAGGGCGAUGAAGACUUCCAGAAGAUGACCGUGAUAAGGAAGAGUCACACGGCACCCGCUCAGAGCAGUGUGGAAGAAGGUGUCGACCCCCUGGAGCCGACCUUCGGCGACUUGCCCGCUCAAAACGGGCUGGAUGGAGUCAGCUGGGUCGGAUCUCCACAUCCAUCACGCACCUCACCUCUGCCUGCCCCCUGUCUGCCACACAGCAGGAGUUUAGAUAAUGAGGAGGAGGAGGAAGAGGAGGAGAAGCCCACAAGUCAUAACCAGGAGGAGAGGCCCAGCUCAGAGCAGGUCGUGAUUGGAAGUCUGUCAAGUGUGUCCACAUGGAGUCCAGUCCAGAUGCUGACUGACCACAGCAGUGCUGACUUCUUGAUACCUGUGAACGCAUCAGACCCUCAGCCAGUAAACUCGGUGGAAGACUCACCUGCAUUUCCUGCUCACUGCGAGUCAACAGAAGCGGCUGUAAGCUGCGAAGGCAACAGAUCUCAGCGCGCCCUCAAUCUGGAGUCUAGUCCCCCAGUGUCGUCUGCUCCACUCGCUAGUAUGCUGCCAACAUCUGGCCUGCCAGAGUCCAUGACAGUUGUGGAGUUGCGUCAGGCCAUAGUUGCCAUGAUGAACAGGAAGAACGAGCUGGAGGAACAAAAUGGGUCCUUGCGUAGCCUCUUGGACGGAGAGAUGGAGCACUCGGCAGGUCUGAGACAAGAAACCGAGUUGCUGAAGAAGAAACUGGCAGAGCUGGAGGAGAGACACACAGCUAAGGUUCAGGCGCUGGCCAGGGAAAAUGAAGUUCUGAAGGUCCAACUGAAAAAGUAUGUGGGAGCAGUACAGAUGCUGAAGAGGGAAGGCAGCCAGGGCAACGAUGUUGUGUCAGUGCUGCAGUCCAGUGAAGAGCACACACCGGCCCCUCAGAAUAAGUGCAUGGGUGACAUCGAGGAGUUGGCAGCCAGCUACGAGCGGAAGCUCAUUGAGGUUGCCGAGAUGCAUGGAGAGCUGAUUGAGUUCAAUGAGCGACUGUACCGUUCGCUCAUGGCCAAAGACCAUCUCAUUGUCCAGAUGAGACAGGAACUCAUCGACUUGAGAGGACCGGUUCCUGGAGAUUUAAGCCAAACUUCAGAUGAUCCCAGUCUUUCUGAUUUUGAGACGGCUCAACGUGCUCUCAUCAACGUGUGGAUACCUUCAGUGUUCCUGCAGGGCAGAGCAGCCAACGCUUACCACGUCUAUCAAGUUUACAUCCGCAUCCUGGACAAUGAGUGGAAUGUAUACAGACGCUACACAGAGUUCAGAGAACUCCACAACCAUCUCAGAUCUCAGUUUCCUCAAGUGGACACCUUCAACUUCCCGCCAAAGAAAGCCAUCGGAAAUAAGGAUGCCAAGUUUGUGGAGGAGAGGAGGAAGCAGCUGCAGAACUACCUUCGCAUGGUGAUGAACAAACUGAUCCAGACGCUGCCGGAGUUCGCCGCCCGCCCCACCAAAGAGACCCUGCUGUCUCUGCUGCCCUUCUGUCUAGACACACCGCAGGCCAACGACAGCGCGGCCAAAACGCCACGGUCUAAGACCUCGUCCCGCUUCCCAAGACUGGGCCGCAGCCGCAACCAGGAGGCCAGACCUGAGCCUCAGAGUGGUGACCUUUAGCCUGAACAUUUCGGGAAAGAGGACGUGACCGGAGAAAACACUUGAAUCCAGUAUUGACAUAGCAACUCCCAUUUCAGAGGGCGAUGAAAUGGCCUUAAUAUCUUCGGCUUGCUGAGCCGGGGCUUGCUGCUUUUCCACUUGGGGAAGAGAAGGAAUGUUACAGACUUGUAUCUCAAAGAUGUUCCUGUGGGAACAUGGACCAACUCACUGACAGCACUUCUUACCUCGAUGAGAGUCAGAACAACACAGGACAGUUUUGUCCACCAUCAAAUAUGAUGUUUUAUUUCUUAUUCUGCUCAGUUUUUAGUGAUCAUGCAUCAUGUUCAGUGCCUCCAGUGGUUUGUAGCUACUUCCAAAUGGAUGAGCAGUAAUAGUCAGUGCGUCAUUAUUACAGUGCCAUUACAUUAAAGAUUGUUCCAUUGAAGUGCUCUCGGAUGAGCAUCUGACUCUAUGAAUAUGUCAUUACCUUAGUAUAUUGACAGAAAGUGCAUUGGAGUGACUCCCUAAUGCAGAUGCAGCUACAUGCAGUCACGAGGAAGAAGAAAGGGGAAGCCACUAGAAACUCCAAUUUACCCAACAGCUGAUUUGGCUUUUGUAGAGUCUGUUGGACACUUUAGUUUUCAGAUGGAGUCACACCGCUCAGAUACUCAUGUCCUUAAAGAUGAACUGUAAGAUACUGAAUUACAUUCAGCCUUAGAAAUAAAGUGAACGUGGGUCAUCCCUGUCAUGUCUGUGUCUUUCUUCAGUUAAGUGGUGAUUCAAGUUAUUUCACAUGCACCUAGACUUUAAGGACAGCCAGUGAAACAACAAAGCAUUGGGUCAUCUUUUGUUACAAGUCACAGGGAGAAUCAAAUGAUGACUAACACUGAGGUAGCUGUGAAUGGAAAAUGAACAUAUUGCUCCCUGAGAUGACUUGCCACAUCACAUUUUUUAAGAUUCACGAAUAACACUGUGUGACCUGACUAGGAAUUACUUCAUGUAUCUGAACGUACUCAGGCUUUACUUUUUUCCUGCACUCUGAACUCUGUGGCUUGUACAAGGACGGGGAUAAUGUAUGGAUUUUUACAGGCUUAAGCAUGUCAUGCUUCCAGAAUAUUGAGUCUUGUCACGUCAAACCAAUGAAAUCACAGGCGUUUUAUUGACCUUAAAUGUGCUGUUUUCGUCCACAGCUCCGCCAACAGAGCCGUUCUUCUGGAGGACCGGAGACGAGAAGCAGCAGCUGAGACUGGCUGUGGUGUUUGAACUUCCGUCACGCGGUCGGAAACAUUGCAUUAUGAGUGCUUUAAUUUGAAUAAAGGAUGUGAG